AUGAAAGCUUCAAGCUCUGUAUUCAGUGCUUCAAUCCUUUUGUUUUCAAUUUCAUUGGUAGCAUCAGAUUCAGCUCUUGAUAGAUUUCUUCAAUGCCUUCCCAAGAAUUCCAACCCUUCAAACCCAAUCAAUGAUGCCAUAUUCACUCCCAUGAAUUCCUCCUUUCAGUCUAUUUAUGAGUUACGCGCGAACAACCUUAGAAGCUUGUACUCUGCAACCUUGAAACCAGUGGCCAUUAUAACAGCACUACAUGAAUCCCAUGCUCAAGCAACUGUCGUUUGUGCGAAGAGACAUGGCUUCCAAAUCAGAAUUCGAAGUGGUGGUCAUGAUUUUGAAGGCCUAUCAUUUGUAUCAAGCGUCCCAUUUGUCAUUCUUGAUCUCUUCAAUCUUCGGUCUAUAGAGAUUGAUAUGGCAAGCGAGACGGCAUGGGUUCAGGCAGGGGCGACCACCGGUGAACUAUAUUAUCGGAUAGCAGAGAAAAGUAAAGUCCAUGGCUUCCCAGCUGGAGUUUGCAUUACUCUUGGCACUGGGGGACACUUCAGUGGAGGUGGCUAUGGACCCAUGAUGAGAAAAUAUGGCCUUUCCAUAGAUAAUGUCCUUGACGCCCAACUGAUUGAUGCCAAUGGUCGAAUCCUUGACAGAAAGUCAAUGGGAGAAGAUGUGUUUUGGGCAAUCCGAGGAGGUGGAGGAACUAGCUUUGGGAUCAUCCUUUCAUGGAAGAUCAAGCUGGUCCGUGUUCCUCCUAAGGUUACUGUUUUCAUAGUCAUAAGGACUUUAGAACAAGGAGCAACAGAUCUUGCUUAUCGUUGGCAACAAGUUGCCCAUAAACUACCUAAAGAACUUUUCAUCAGACUGGCGCCUCGGCCUUUGAUUGGAACUGGCAAGGGCAACAAAACAGUACAGGUUCCUUUCAUCGGCCAUUUUCUUGGACAAACUGAUGAACUUGUUCAACUGGUGAACUCAAACUUGCCUGGAUUGGGUUUGCAACGAAGUGACUGCUUAGAAAUGAGUUGGGUCGAAUCCGUCCUUUUCUGGACCGGUUUCCCCAAUGGAACCUCCAUUGACGUCUUGCUCAAACACAGAGUGCAAACAGACAAAGUCUUCUACAAGACUAAGUCCGAUUACUUCAAAGAAGUAAUUCCCAAGGCAGGCUUGGAAACCUUAUGGAAUUUGCUGAUGGACAUCGAAAAUAUCUAUGUGCAGCUAAAUCCUUACGGUGGAAGAAUGGGAGAGAUUACAGAGUCGGAAACAGCAUUUCCCCAUAGAGCUGGAAACCUAUUCAAAGUGCAGUAUACAGUGCUUUGGUCGGACGCCCAAGGAGGAAUCAAUGCUACAGAGCGGUAUUUGGAAUGGUCCAGAAGAUUGUACAGUGCAAUGGCACCGUACGCCUCCAGCAGCCCAAGGGAGGCAUUUCUCAACUACAGAGAUCUUGACGUUGGCAGCAACGACAGCAACAACACAGAUUUUGCAGCAGCCGAAGUUUAUGGGGCUAAGUUUUUCAAGGGCAAUUUCCAGAGAUUGGUGCUUGCCAAAACCAUGAUAGACCCUCACAAUUUCUUCAAAAAUGAACAAAGCAUUCCCCCAUUCCCAUCCUAUAUACAAUAAGUUCAAAUGAUGAUGGGAGCAUAAAAUGUUGAUUGCUUCCUUGUCACCCCUAAUGUUAAUAAUAAUUCAUUCAAAGAGCUAUUUGGACAG